CUUCACACGCCUAUUUUGUUGGAUUUUUAUAUCGUUUAAAUUGAUUUAAAAUAUUUAAAUAUGCCUCUUUUUAGUGGACGCUGUUAUAGCACCGUUAAAUUAAAUGGGAAGACGGCUAUUAUAACAGGGUGUAAUACUGGUAUUGGUAAAGAAACAGCCAAAGACUUUUACAAAAGAGGUGCUCGGGUAAUUAUGGCUUGUAGAAACCUUGAUAAGGCUGAAGAGGUUAAAAAAGAUAUAGAAGAAGCCUGUAAAGACUUCAAGGAGACAGGAAAACUAAUUGUACAGCAAUGUGAUCUUUCUUCUCUGCAGUCAGUGAGAGAUUUCUCACAAAAAGUAAUUGAUAGCGAACCACAGAUAAAUAUAUUAGUCAACAAUGCUGGUAUAAUGAUGUGUCCAAAGGAAACAACGGAGGAUGGCUUUGAAAUGCAGUUUGGGACAAAUCACUUGUCUCAUUUUUUAUUAACAAUGUUAUUACUACCAAGAAUAAUUAAAAGUACACCGGCCAGAAUUGUUACAGUAUCAUCAAUAGCACAUACAAUAUAUGAUAUGGAUUUUGAAGAUCUUAAUUAUACACAAAGAAAUUAUAAUGCAACUGAGGCAUAUUCACAAAGUAAAUUGGCGAAUGUGUUAUUUUCGAGGGAGCUAGCGUCCAAACUGAAGGAACAUAAUAUACAGGGUGUUAAUACAUAUAGCUUGCAUCCCGGUGUGAUAAAAACGAAAUUAGACAGGCAUUUAGACGAGAUAAUGUUCAGAGGGGCUCGCAGAAUUAUCGGUUUCAUAUUGAAGCCAUUUAUGAAGACGCCAGAGCUCGGGGCACAGACUACCAUAUAUUGUGCUGUUGAUGAAAAAUGUGCUGACGAAACUGGACUGUAUUAUAGCGACUGUGCAGUAGUACAGCCCGACCGAAAGGCGCUCAAUGACGAAUAUGCUAAGAAAUUGUGGCAGAAAUCAAUUGAGCUGGUGAAACUCAAUUUCAAUCCUUUUACAGCAGACUGUCUUGUGCCUAAUUCUCAUUUAUGAACAUUAGGUUACAUUUAUAACAGCCUAGCUUUCUAACUAAAUGGCGCUAAACUAAACGUUAGUUAAACGACUAGGCUGUUUAUUGAACGGCUAAUUAAGCUAGUUGGCUGUGAUAUACAUAUACCUAUCUCACACACAUAUAACACUCAACCCUCUGACUGAGCAACUGACUAAUAAACUUGGCACUAAGUGUAACUUCUAUAUGUCAAAGACGUUUUGGAUUUUUGACAUUAUUGGCGUUUUUAUAUUCAUUUGUUUAUUAUUAUUAUUAUUUUACUCUUAGACUAUUUUAUUGUGACAUUCGGGAGUCAUUAUCUGGUGCUCUGAACAGUGGCAUAGCUAUUUUGGGUGGCACCCGGUGCGGAAGUUGAUGGUGUCAACCGAUCGACAGUAAAAUUCAUUUAUUAAAAGUUCGCGAGUAUUGGACAGGGGAAUCCCCCACGAUAGCGUAAGGCUCUUUUGCGGGAAUCCCCGAAUUCUACAUAGUUGUGGAAUCAUUCUAGUUGUGGAAUCCCUGAAAAAAAAAAUGCUAGUUUUUUAUUAUUAUUUAGCGAUUUUUGUUUGUUUGUACAUUGUUCUUAAAGCUGAGAGACCGGGUGGGUGCCACCCCAAAAAAGGUGCAGACCGCCGCCCCCCCCCCUUUGCUACGCCACUAGCUCUAAAACUUGGGUUUGUGCUGACUAGAUUUAUCGAAAAUUACUAGAUUUUAAGCUUACUAAUUAACUACCGUCCGGAAUUGAAAUUAAAUUUAUUAUUAAAAUGAUUUUCAUUUAAAACUUAUAAUAAUUGUUAUUUGGUGUUGGUGAAAUAUUAUA